GCAAGAGAGUCCCAGUCAGUCAGUCCUUAAUUGUCGGUUGUAGAUGAAAAACUCUGUUUAAUAUUACUCUUGCAAUUCUCCGUUGAAGAAUCGCAUGCAUUUCCAAUUCUACUCUAUAAAAGACGACGAGGAGGAGGAGGAGGGGGAGGAGAGAGGUGCAGAUUCAGAGAACCCCUUCUCAGGCCUUGACACGUGAAGCUCUUAAUUGCUUGCACCUGCAUAAACCAAUGCUACCCACGUCUUCCAAGACCUGUUCUUCACCCCUAUCUCUCUUUUUCUCUCUGUCACUCAUGCUUCUCCUCCUCUAUACAUGUCUCUCUGCUCUUGUAGCUAAUGCUGUUACAGAUUUUCAUUAAAAUCUCUAUUUAAUUCCCCAAUUCCUUUCUUUUACAAUGCACACUUUUCUAUUUUUAAUAAUACCCAUCAUUCAAUUUCGCCUCUUUUCCCACUUUCUUUAGCUUUUUCGCAUCUCUCUCAAUCCGCGACCGUGAUUUAUACCCCCAUGCACGGUUACAGCCGCCUCGGCAAUGGCCACUCCGUCACUGCAACCACCACGCCCUCUCCCCCCUCCUCUCCUCGCCUUCGCCACAGCCGGGGCAAGUCUGGUGGGAAUGGUGGAGGUUCUGGAGGUGGUAGUGGCGCUGGCGGCUGCGGUCGUGGCUCCAAACGGAAUUGGGUGGAGAGGUUAAUGUUUGUACUUGUGUCUUUGGUUUUUAAGCGGAGAGGUGUGCUUUUGUUUGCGCCUUUGUUGUACAUUUCUGGGAUGAUGUUGUAUAUGGGAUCUUUGAAUUUUGACGUAGAUUUGAAGAAUGGCGGUGUUGUUGUACGGAAGCGUCCUCCGCCGGGGUCUGUAUACAGAAGUCCGCAGGUUUUUAAGAAGCUGUGGCCGCAUAUGGAGGCUAAGAGCAAUAGAAGCUACAAUGCGCUGAUGAGAGCAUGGGAUCCCAAACUUCAUAAAGGUUGGAAACCUUGUGGCAACAACAAUAUUUCUGAAGCAGAAUUGCCAAAGUCUAAUGGUUUUCUUAUAAUUGAAGCAAAUGGUGGCUUGAAUCAACAACGUUUAUCGAUAUGCGAUGCAGUUGCUGUGGCAGGACUACUGAAUGCUACUCUUGUCAUUCCAAUUUUUCAUUUAAACAGUGUUUGGCAAGAUUCCAGCAAAUUUGGAGAUAUAUUUGAUCAAGAUUUCUUUAUACACGCGCUUAAGAAUGAUGUGGAUGUAGUUCCAGAACUCCCAAGAGAUGUACUUGAGCAGUUUGACAAUAAUAUAAGUAGUAUUGCCAAUUUGAGAGUAAAAGCUUGGUCCAGUCCAACCUACUAUCUUCAGAAAGUGCUUCCAAAGCUGGUGCAGAUGCGGGCUGUGCGCAUUGCCCCUUUUUCCAACAGACUGGCUCAAGCAGUUCCUCCUGAUAUCCAGAGGCUUAGAUGCUUAGCCAAUUUUGAAGCACUAAGGUUUUCAGAACCUAUAAGAACUCUUGCAGAGAAAAUGGUUGAUAGGAUGUUUAAGAAUAGUUCCCAGAGUGGGGGGAAAUAUGUUUCUGUGCAUCUUCGAUUUGAAAUGGAUAUGGUUGCAUUUUCAUGCUGCGAGUAUGAUGGUGGAGAGGAAGAGAAACAUGAAAUGGAUAUUGCUCGAGAAAGAGCCUGGAGAGGAAAAUUCAGGAGAAGAGGUAGAGUAAUAAGGCCAGGAGCAAAUCGUGUGGAUGGAAAAUGCCCUUUAACUCCACUAGAGGUGGGAAUGAUGCUUAGGGGCAUGGGCUUUGAUAAUAACACUUCAGUUUAUGUUGCGGCGGGUAAUAUUUAUAAAGAGGACAAAUUCAUGGCUCCACUUAAACAGAUGUUUCCACGUUUAGAAACAAAAGAUACGCUAGCUACUGCAGAAGAACUUGCUCCAUUUAAGGGCUACUCAUCUAGGUUGGCUGCUCUGGAUUAUACGGUCUGCCUGCACAGUGAAGUCUUUGUCACGACUCAAGGUGGAAAUUUUCCCCACUUUUUGAUGGGUCAUCGGCGUUAUUUGUAUGGAGGUCAUGCAAAGACAAUUAAACCUGACAAGAGAAAAUUGGCUCUCUUAUUUGAUAAGCCCAAUAUCAGGUGGGAAGUCUUCAGGCAGCAGAUGCAAGACAUGCAUCGACGCAGUGAUCUCAAAGGAUCUGAACUGAGAAAGCCCAGUGCAUCACUUUACACAUUCCCUAUGCCUGAUUGCAUGUGUAAAACACCCAAAGCAAGACAUGAACACAACAAUAAUAACACCAUGAAACUGCGGCUCUAACCAGAUGAUAGUUUCUGGAGUUACAGAAUAACUAUACGUGUAAUUUUUCUUUUGUAUCAUUAAAAUUAAUGAGCAAAAAAACAAGUUUCAUUAGAUUUAAUUCUUUGAUUAGAUUUGGAGGGAGAACAUUACAGGUUUAUUCUUUGAGGUUCAUUGCCUCGGCUAUAGUUGGCAUGUUCUCAUAUUUCACUGUAAAUGAUGCUUUUAAAAUAUACAAUAUAUAUAAAAAAAAAUGUGUUGUAAUUGGCAAAA